GUCGUGCUAUACUGAAAAGACACUCAAUCAAGGGAACUCUGGGAGAAGCCAGAAACCCUGUCCCAGGGACAGAAAAGAAAAAGAAAGAAAGUUAACCAGAAUUUCUUCUUAAACCUGUCUCAGAAAAAAACAACAUAUUUUAAGCAGAGAUUUCACCUGUGCCACAGGCUACCAUGGAUGUGCACCUCAAUACCCUUCGGAGUCAGGAGAGCAAAAGCAACAGCAGCUCCGGAAGCAGCAGCAGAGACCAGAAAGAUGUUGCUAUGAGGACAGAUUCAUCAAAAAUGACUGAUGUGGAACCUGGGGUCACCAAUUUUGCAUCUUCAGCAAGGGCAGGCCGCCGGAAUGCCUUACCAGACAUCCAGAGUCCAGCUGCCAUAGGCGGAACCUCAGAUUUGCCCCUCAAACUGGAGGCUCUCUCUGUGAAGGAAGAUGUAAAGGAGAAAGAUGAAGAAACAACACAAGACCAAUUGAAAAAGCCUCAAAAUGAAGGAAAAUGAAAGCUCAUAAUCUAUCAAGAGUGCUGAAUUUCCGCAUGUUGAAAGACUUAGUGGUUCCGUUUUCCUGAGUUAUUUAAUCUGGUGGUAAAUAUGAUAACAUUGCAUCCCUAAGCAGCAUGUGUAUAUUAGAUAAUUGUGUUGCGAAACUGCUCACUUGGAUUGCAAUGAUGAUGUCCAAUGUAGGGUAUUAAAAGACAGGUUACUUCCAAAUCGCACCAAAGGAAAAGGUCAAGAAUAAUACAUGAUCACGCAAAUACAUACCUUUGUCUCCAAAGCCAACAAAAAUCACUGUUCUCUUUUGCAUUUAUUUAGCCUGAUGUAUGUUUAAUUCAAGUUUUACAGUGAUGGGCAAAUCAUUUCCUGGUAAAUGUAAAUCGAACACCAUUGAUUUAAAACUUCAUGGAAUUUGUAGAAAAUUAUGUGCUUUUUUUUUUUACUAUUUGGUGAACAAUAGUCAAAAUUCACGUGGAUAGAGUGUGUUUAGUUUUAGCCAAAAAUACUCCAGAUUUUUUCCCAUACCUCAAAAGAGAUUUGGAAAAAUUAUAAAAGUUUGAUAAUAGAAACGUCUUUAGAAUGCUUUUGUCUGAUAUAUUUUGCUUCUAGUAUGUGCCUACUGUGAUUUUUUCAUGCGGGAAAUGCAAAAUUUGUAACAAAAUGAUUAUAUGGAACAUCUCCAUUAAAUGAAUUUUACUAUAUUCCUUAACUUUGGUGUGUUUAUGUGUGUGUGUGUUUUACUUUAAUAUGAAUUAUACAAAAUAUUAGUUCGUUUACACUCUUUUUUCUUAUUCUUAGGGCUUUUGUGUAUGUCUGACUUGUUUCUAAAAUAACUUCCUCAGGAAUGCAGACCUUAAUUUUUACAUAUUUUUUAAGUAGCUACAUAGCAGUAGGCACUUAUGCAUUUAGUCAAUUACAUUGGUGGAAAUAGUAAAUUACAUCCUUUAAAUAUAUAUCUAAUUAUAUAUUUUAAAAUGAGCAAAAAUACAACCAAAGUGUUAGUAAAUUUUCAUUAGACAUUUUAGAAAAACAAUAGAAUUUUGAAGUUCUAUAAAUGUCAGUGAUGAAUUUAUAUUCAUUUCCAGAAAUAUAUGCAUGCAGUAAUAUUGUAUUUGACUGUUGACUUAGGCCACGCCUGUUUACAGUAACCAAAUAAACUCUUUCAUUAUUAAAGAGAUUUGUUACUGA